AUGGAUGUUAAAAAUCUUGAACCUUACGCUAUUAUAGGUUUUGAUGGUUCUGCUAUUAGAAGCCUGAAAGUACAUCCAAAUGGUGAACAUAUCGUAUAUCCAAUGGGCAAUAAGGUGUGCAUCCAAGAGUGGAAGACAAAGAAAAUGCAUUUCCUCAGUGGUCACACCAAUAGCGUAUCUACCGUGGCCGUGUCUCCCAAAGGAACCUAUGUGGGAUCUGGACAGAUUAACCAUAUAGGUUUCAAGGCGUCUGCCAAAGUGUGGGAUUUUCAGAAAAGAGUAGUGCUGGGUACCCAUGAAUUGCAUAAGGUACGCGUGGAAGCUCUAACGUUCUCGUCAGACGAGCGCUACAUGAUAUCCCUGGGCGGUCGGGACGAUGGGUGCGUAGUGCUUUGGGACUGCGUCGCCGGCGCCGCCACGGGCACGGCGGCAGCCGCGCGGCUCACCACGGGAGACGCUAUGACGCUCACUGCGUUGACGCUGAGGGUUAAUUCUUUUGUUACUGGUGGGGACUCAAAUCUCCGUGUCUGGAACAUACGUGCGGCAAGUAAGAAUUUGGAUGUCGUCGACGUUUCGCUCGGCAAGUUGCGUAGAACUGUGCGUUGCAUUGCCAUCAGCCAGGACGAUUCCUAUGGGAUUGCUGGCACUACUUCAGGUGACAUGAUAAAGUUUUCUAUAAAUUACCCUCCGGAUCCAAUGGUGGAUGUCGCCAAUUGCAAGCCGACAUUCCUCGGAUGCCUGGCUAAAUGCGGACCUUGGAAGAAAGGGAAGCGGCCGGAGUCCCUCUGUUACAGUCUCGGAAUAGAAACAAUAAUGAUCAUGGAUGAUGGAUGUUUAAUCGUGGGAUCAGGGGAUGGUACAAUAGACAUUUUGGAUGAAAUAAAUUGGAAGGGAGAUUUCCCGAAAGGAAAGAUUCUCGACCCGAAUAAGCCAUAUUAUAGAGCUCUAAAAUCAACAAAACUUAAUGGAAGCAUAACAUCUCUGGAACUGAUGGAGACUCCGCAGCUGCGAGGCGACAAGCGAUUGCUAUUGGCUGGAACCAGGACGAGUGAAAUAUACGCAAUCAAUGUUCAAACCUUUGAACCGACACUGGUUGUGACGUGUCAUAGAUGUGCUAUUAACGAUAUUGCGUUUCCGAGGGGAAUGUCGGGCGUGUUCGCGACCGCCGGGGCGGGCGACGUGCGCGUGUGGUGCGUUAAGACUGCGCAGGAGUUGCUACGCGUCGUCGUACCUAACUUCAUAUGUUCCUCUGUUCUGUUCUCUAGCGACGGAAAGUCUAUUGUUUCAGGAUGGAACGAUGGUAAUAUCCGAGCUUUUACUCCAUUGACUGGUAGAUUAAUUUAUUGCAUCUUUAACACGCACAAUAAAGGCGCUUCAGCCCUUGAUAUGACACAUGAUGGCCGGACGCUCAUAUCUGGAGGUUGUGAGGGUCAGGUUCGCCUCUGGGACAUAAAACCCGAGUGUCAAAGUCUGAAGAAAGUUCUGAAAGAGCACAAAAGUCCCGUAUCAGCUAUACAAGUGUCGCCCAAUGAUAUGGAGGCGGUGAGCGCGGGGACCGACGGCUCCUGCAUUAUAUGGGACCUCGUCUCCCUCUCGCGGCGCCAGGUGAUGUACGCGAACACGCUGUUCAUGUGCGUGUGCUUCGAGCCCCGCGGCUGCCAGCUGCUGACCGGCGGGACGGACCGACGCGUCGCCUACUGGGAGACCGGCAGCGGGAACCUCGCUAGAGAGCUGGAAGCUAGUAAAGUCGGCGCAAUCAACGGGGUUCACAUCACCCAAAACGGUGAACUGUUCGUCACUGGGGGAAAUGAUCAAAUGGUGAAGCUAUGGAAGUACCAGGAGGGUAUAUACACGCACACGGGGCUGGGGCACGCGGGCGCGGUGACGUGCUGCCGGUUCAGUCCGGACGCCGCGCACAUCGUCAGCUGUUGCGCAGCCGGCAGCAUUAUCAUAUGGAAAGUGCCGGAGCAAUACAUCCAAAAAGAGAAACCGCCGUCAGGCAAGCGCAGUGUGCAGGAGUCUCCUAAAACACUACAAGAAGAGUUGAGAUUACCCCUCGACGAGAAACCGACGCAGAAAGCGGCUGGUGAUAGACAACACAAGAUACCCGCUGCACCUUCUAAAACAGAGAAGAUAGAAGCAAUGGAUACGACACGCAGUAGCGUGCACUCGUGUUGUCCGUGCGACACGGCACGCUCCAACGCCAGCGACGCAAGUAAGAAGACCACACCCAAAACCAACAAGUGCUGUAGACCGCCCGACAAUUUACCAACUCGGACGACAAGCAAAGAAUUCGUCAGCGGGAGUGGGGAUAAAAAGUGAUAUCGAAUAGUCUGAGAGAUAAGAAAAGACUGCAUGUGUAUCAAUAAUUAUUAUUUAUUACAUUUUAUAUAAAAUAAUCCUUUUUUUACUAUCCUUAUCUAAUGACCAGCUCAGUUUUCGAAGGAAUCGUUACACAGUUUAAGAU